UGGCAUAAUCAUUGAACAAUAUGAAGUGCGUACUGAUCUUCAUCGGCCUGUGCCUAGCGUUGACGGCUGCUGCUCCUGGCGGCGAGCCUGCGGAUAUUGUAGAGCAAACUGUGGAUGUGCUCCCCGAUGGCUACAAGCUCUCGCUGGAGACUAGCGAUGGCACCAAGCGCAAAGAGCAUGCAACACUCAAAAAUGCCGGCACCGAAGAUGAAGCUAUUGCUGUGCAGGGCUCCUACUCCUAUGUGGGUGACGAUGGUGUCACAUAUUCCGUGAGCUUCACCGCCGAUGAGAAUGGAUACCAGCCACAGGGUGCUCAUCUGCCUCACGUGUAAAGUGUCCUGAGCAUGGAGUCUUAGAUUAAGUUACAGCUGCUGAUUGGCUGAUUGUUAAAAUAUACAUAUAUAUAUAUAUGAGAAGCAUUUCAGAAAACGAAAA